AUGAACAGUGACGGCUCACCUGCGCCAGCGAUAGCUCCCACAUUGGAUCUGCAAGCCCUACUAGCGACUAUGCCUGACUUCUCCACUCUUCCAUCUUUGUCGACUAUGCCCAAGGAUGGAGCAAAUACGGAAAUACCAACAUCGCAACAGUCGUUGCUGUUUCCGUCGAUCCCACACGAUCAGUUGGCUGCUCUUUCUCUCGGCUUGUUCCCACUCCAAGGAUUCCCGAUGUUUCCUCUCCUACCAAUGACUCCAAUGACAUCCUCUCUUCCUCCUCAUUCCACGAUUGAGAGCUUGGGCCUUAUGACGAACAGUGCUUUGCGUCCCAAGACAUCAUCAGUAAUAGGACCUCCUGUGCUCGAUUCACGUCCCAGAGCAUUUUCAAGCGCUGCUGCACUGCAACGACCUAAGCCGACAACAACACCUGAAAAGAGACGAAAGAGAUCCCGUAGAGCUCAGGAAGAGGAGCAAUCGAGUGUGUUGAGAAUGCUCGUAGAUGAGGAAGACGAUGCUCCACUAACCAUCCGCCAGCCCCCGUCGACGAAAGAUUUAGAUGAGAAGUUGCGAAAAGACGCAGCUAAAGUACUGAGCGCAAGCAGUCCGCCGCCUCCGGCGGCCAAGCGGACGUCACCGGAGAGACUCGCUGAUUUGAUCGAGGAGCCAGCCAUUGCCCUGAGGCGAAUCAUUCGCGAUGAGGACUUACCCGAUUCAAUUGGUCCUGACUCGCCGUUCCGUCAUCAUCCCAAAUAUCAGCGCAAACAACCGGACUCCGAGAUAAUGGACGGUAUGGAUGCGUUGAUGGCCUUCUCCGGCAUGAGCGGUUACGUUGCGGAAUCCGAGCCGACGCCGUCACCUAAAAACGACUCCGGCUACACCAGUGCAGGCUCACCGAAGAAGUCAUUCGCUGAGAUGAUGGAACAUGCCAUCUGUCGCGAGCUUGUCACUGCCGAAUAG